AAGUUAUUUUAAAUGACGAAAAAAAUUAUCUUGGUAUGACCAUGAACAAGACCAUUUAUCCAAAUGAUUUGGGCUUUGUUUUGUGUUUUCUAUGUGUCUAUAGCACGAAUGAGAGAUUUACAGUUUUGCACCAUGGGGCCAUUGCUUCAUAUUGCGCGCAUACCCACAUGUUCUCCAGAAAUGAGUGCGUUAAAGCUGACAGUAACACAGUGCCUUUACUGUACUCCAUACUGUACGUAGGGUACUGCAACACAGUUAUGUAACAUCACCAUUAACAGUUGGGGUACAUUUUGAAGAUUUGCUGAAUGGAAAAAACAGCCUAUAAAGAGUCUUUGGUUCAAGCUUUGAACUUCACUGUGGAGACAAAAGCGCUACCGCCGUUUCUCUUGAGUUUUGAGUAAACUCAAACUGAUGCAGACACCGGGAUCUGGUUGAAAGUGCGGAGAAUAAUUUGAGUCUGAUUCCUCUGCAUAGUGGAAACAGUAUCCCAGACCACGUGAGAGGAAUGUUCAAUGACGGUUCCCGACAGACCGGCUCAUCUCCGCUGGCACCCUCCUGCUGACAUGGGUUCCUGGACACUCAGCUCCCCAGAAACAGACGUGGAGGGAAGGAGAUACUGUCUCCGCAUGUAACCUUUGUUCUUUUGCCGUUUUAUCCUUUUUUCUGUUCUGUUCUUUUUUUUUUUUUUUUUUUUUUCCUUUUCUUUUCCUCUCUGUAAGUCUGACAGUUAUAGUGGGGUAUGGCUUGGCCGUGCAUCAGCCGAGUAUGUUGCCUGGCUCGCUUCUGGAAUCAGUUCGACAAAUCCGAUCUCUCCGUCCCGCUAACUAUCCAAAACUACUCGGACAUCGCCGAGCAGGAAGUGCGAUCCGUCACCAAACAGGUCUCCGACUCGGAGCGCGUGUCCGGGAAUAACUAUUCAGCCCCGGUCCCGCGUGCCAAAGGCUCCCCUCAGGCGUACACAGAUGGUUCGGGGGCCCGAGGAUCUUUCAGAGUACGGAAGGAGCCCAGCUACAAGCCCCGGGAGGACUACCACCCUCCCGGAGUACCUUUCCCCAGCGUUACCCAGUACAAGCAGGAUUUCAAACCCUGGCCCAUCCCGAGGAAGGAGAAUUUCCCUUGGAUUAGUAACGGAGGGAGUAAUGUUUCGGACAGCCCGGUAAACAGUUGCCACGUCCAGGCGCAUUCGGGAGAGAGUCGGGCUGACAGAGAGGAGCGGGGCAAGGGGCACAUAUGGGGGGAGCAGCAGGUGAUGGAGGAGAGCAAAACCAGCUCCUACAGGCAAGAGUACAGGCCAUGGACAGGGGCAAAACCAGCCAAAAGUGCAAGGAGAAACCCCUCUGUUCAGUACUCUAGCCCAGGGACAGAGGCCACCCACAUCCCACGUGAGACCAGCUACCAGGCUGCCUACAGCGGGGAGGUUAGUAGGUCCAUAAGCAUGCAUCAGGGGGAAAACAUUUUCCCAUCUGCUGCCUCCAACAUACAACCUCCCCCUGUUGUUCGCCACACCCCUACUGCCCCACAAACCGGCAGCUUACCAAUCCCCUCCAGCCUCCAGCAAAGUAUCCUGCCUGAGAGGACUGAGCCCAGUGGAACAACCAAGGGAGAGGAGCAUCUGGUGCGGACCAAACUCCCCCCGAACCCUUCUGCUGUAUUUCAAAGUGGAUCAAGGGUCUUCAACAUCUGACAGCUGCGACGAUUCUUCCUCAUUCCACCUCAGUUGGUUUAAAAUUUCCGGAAUCAGCAGGGGAAUGUUUCCAGUCCAUUCCACAACACGAGAAUCUAUGCAAGGGAAUGUAUUGUUGUGAACCUUGUAGAGCUGCAGCUCUGUAUCCCUAGUGGAGAUACAGACACCCCCACCCCAACCCACACACCCACCCUUUUACACUUCUCUCUGUCCCCUGUUGCUAUGGAAACGGAUAUGCAUGUAACAGAAUAGUUAAGAGACAAGCUCUUUUUUUGUUUUAUUUGGUUAUAGAUGCACAAGAAACUGGCUGCUGUGUGUGUUUGUGUGUGUGCCUGCUGGUUUGUCCUUUAUUGUACACAACGUUGUCUGCACCAAUGAUAAGUGUUUGCUUAGCGUGAUAUUAUGCCCUAUGGUGUUAGUAGAAGUCUGCUUGAAAAUAAUUUAACUCCUUAGUAUUCAGUUAGUUUACUAUUUUGAGAAACCUACUGUUUGGUCUCUUUUUGUAAAUCUGUUGUUAAAGAAAAAGAACAAUUAUAUCAUGUAGGCAGAAAUACAAUAAAAGAUUACUAGCAUUACUAGCUCUUAGCACUUUCACACGCCUACCUUUCCUUUAUUUUUCAAUAGUAUGACAUUGAUUCUAAUUUUAAAGUAUUUUGUGAGUUUUGGUCUUGAUUGUAUAGAGAUACUGACAGUUCUGUCAAAUGCAUAUAUAUAUAUAUAUAUAUAUAUAUAUGUACAUCUUCAACCAUAUAUUUCUUAAAUAAUCCAUUUCUUCUUUCCUAGCCUAGUAGUGAAUUGAACAGAUGAAACGUUUAAUACUGCUGCAUAUCUGAGAUUUUUGAGUAAACAGCUUUAAUAUGGA